AUGCCCUUCGCCCGCCUCCAUUCAUGCCCUUCGCCCCGCCCGGGAAAGCAGGACCCAAUCAGGCCGAGCGGGAAGGAGCCAAUCCCGGCGCGAGGGCCCCGAUUGGCCGGCCUCUCGCGGGCCGGGACGCCGUCUCCGCUCCGGAUUGGCGGAGCCCUCCUUGACGUCCCCACACCGUCAGAGGCUUUAAUGCGGGGGUUUCCCGAGCUCUUUGCCGCGAAACGAGAGUGGUGCGGGAGCUUUGGAGGGCGGGCGCGUAAAUUCGUGGAGGAGGUUGGCCGUGCAAAUAGGGGAAACCCUCUGAAAAUGUUCCUCCUUCGCUGGGCCUGCUUCCUUCUCCUGCUCUUCAUCCCUGAGCCCUCCGCUGGGUUUUUCAGCUGGCUGGUCCAAAGAGCAACCCCAGAGAAUCACCCUGUUCCCCCAACAGCUGCCUCAGACCCAGGAAAGCGCCCGCCUGUUCCUUUUGAGAUGACCACAGGGGACGAGAGGUUCUUGGCAGAGACUCAGCACUUGGAGCUGACGCCCCUGGACUCCUGUCACCACCAGGUUAUUUCACAGCUUCAAUCCUCCUGCACAGACCUGUCCGAAGAGGAGCUGGCCAAAUUGGGCGUGUCCCUGUUCAACUGUCAGGCCAGCGUCGAAGGCCGCCGGACUUACCGUUGCACGCCAGGCAUGACCCUGGCCGAAUGCACAGCAGAGAUGGACCCGGACACCUGGAACGCCUACCACAUUGUGAGCAACCGAGCCCGCGCCGUCUGCUACACCACUCGCCAGAUGCAGUUCAAGCGCCAGACGGAGCUCACGGUGAACUCCCUGGUCUCCACUGCAGUCGGCCAACUAGAAGCGAUGAAAAUGCUCAAGAACGGCCAAGAGGAGCUGAAGGAGCUGACUUCCGAUUCCCUCCAGAACGUGGUGAGCAGCCAGCAGGAGCUGCUGGCCCAGCAAGCCAAGCUUCAAGGCAGCCAAGACCAGAUGGAGGACGCCAUCCACAGCAACCUGGACCGGCUGGCUCAGGAGAAGGCUCUGAUUGCCAGUGGGCACCAGCAGGUGGCGCAACUCAUCGAGGGCAUCACCAAGAGGAUGGAAAAUGUAAGCAAGCAUCUGGACAACCAAGAUGUGGAUCUGCAAGAAGGCCACAAAGCCAUCCUGAAGGACUUGACUCAAGUCCAAGAGCGAGCCCAGGAGGUCUACUCCAAACUAGAGACCAAUCUGGGCCUGUUCCUGGCCUAUCAGAACCAAACGGCUCUCUACUAUGAGGAGCUGAUGGGGAAGCUGCAGAAGAUGAACCAGAGCCUGGGGCUGGUCCUCUCCGCCAUGGAGCGGAUGCAGAGCAGUGUGGAGGGGCGGCUCCAGCACCUCCAGAGGUUCAUCAACUGGGCAGGGUUCAGCCUCAGCUCCAUCUACACCUGCGUCUUACACGGCAGCUAUUUCUUGCUGGCGGCACUCAUCAUGACCUUCCUGCAGAUUCCUGGCCUCCCGCGGGCCGUGCUUCUAGUCCUGGUCAUUGCCAAUGCCCUCUCGGAGCUCAACCAUGCAGUCUCCUUGGGAUUUAAGUCACUCACUAGCCUUUUGGUGUUGGCGGUUACAGGCAACUGGAUCCUGGAAAGGGUCUGCCGCUGUGCCCUGCGGUGCAGGCUGCAGAAAACCGGGCUGGCGUUUUUACCCCAGAGAGCGCUCGAAUGCCUCACGGCACACGUGGAGCUGAAGGGUGCCAGCAGGAGCCGCGUCACCUCUACUCCAGACAGAGACUGUGAUGUUGGCCUCUUGAAAGAAGAGCUGGAUAAGCUGGAAGAGAUGAGCUGCCUGUCAGGUCAGGACCACGUGGGGAGAGAAUACUCAGCUCAGGGAGAAGACUUCCUUCCAGACAAGGGCUCAGUGCUGCAUCCCACAGGGUGGACUUCUCAUCAGGGUCGCUCCUUCCACUCCAUGUGUCUGCGGCGGGUCAGCUUGAUCCGUUCCUCAAGGCCUGAGGCUACCUCGGAAAGAGCCCCCCAACAGCGCCUGAACUUGGACUUCAGCCCCUUUGCCAGUCCGAGGGCUUGUGCUCCGAACGAGUCUCUGAUGAGUGACAUAUCCAGCUGUUCCACAUCUCCACGGAUGCAUUGCCAGGGAGUUACCAAGACUGGGCAGCAGUGCAGGAAAAAGGCCAUCCUUGGCCACGUCUUCUGCCGGGUGCACGCCUCUGGCCAAGCCUCUUACAUCUCCUGA